AUGGGUGCCGUUGUGCACCGACGUCGGCAUCCGUCGGUGUUGUGGGCCUUGCUGUUCGCGCCGUUCCUCGUCGGCUGGUGUGACGCGUUUGAUAUCUUUCCCCCAAACUACGACAUCCGCUACCGGCUGGAGACGGACGUGACGCUCGUGCCGGAUGUGCACGCAACCGACAACUACAUGUGGUACCUAAAUGGCUACCUACGGGUGCACCGAUACGAUGCAAAUACUCUCGCAGCAACGAUCGAGCUGGAUCAGCAUCACAUCCCACAAGGUGACGGUGACAUAUCGGCUCUCCUGAGGCCGUUCCGCAUCGCGAUCGCCAACGACACGAUCCUCAGCAUCCAGUUCAAGCUGGACGAGCCGGUUUGGUCGGCCAACAUCAAGCGAGCACUUGCAUCCUUGCUGCAGGCUCACGGUGACGGUCCUGGCGCGUACGUUGUCGACGAACAGGGCAUCUUUGGCAGUUGCCCAACGGAGUACUUCGUCGUGAACGCGUCGAACGUGUUCGAGAUCUCCAAAACGUACGGCAUGGAUCGGUGUUCGAUCUAUCGGGGUGCGAUUUAUCUGACGCGCAGCAACAUCCCCCAGAAUCACUGCAUCCCGAAUAAGCAACCGCAGGCGAUCACGUCACGGAUUGCGAAUUACAAGCUUCGUAAGGUGGAACCUUACAGGUAUAUGCUGACGGAGCUGGAUGGUACAAUGCGUACCAACAUCCGGACGCUCGAGUCGUACUAUCCGCAGUUCUUGUACUCGCGUGUGGUUCUUCGAUACGAACAGCACGUGUUGCUGGAGGAAGCUGCCGGUCGCGAUCCACCGGUGGACAUCGUGAAUGGGAUGGCAAAAACGUUCAGCCCGAUCCUGUUCGAUAGUCCCGAUCUGGAGGCGACCGGUGGACGUAGUCCAAAGUCGAAGGAGAAGCUGAUCAACCGCACGGCGGCGCUGUUGAACGCGAUGGCUGACAACCUCGAGACGGUGGAUAAUAAGCUGAAGGAACCGUACGAUGAGACGGUGUCGGAGAUCAUCCGGUUGAUGGGUACGAUGGAUGUGGAGACGCUCAAGCAGCUGUACGAGGAGAUCGACCUGGGUACGUCGUAUCGGCAGGAGACGGCCCGGAACAUCUUCCUUGAGAUUGUCCCGCGAACCGGUACGACCUCGACGAUCCUGCUGACGCGUGAUCUGAUCAUGAACAAACAGGUUAACCCGAUGACGGCCGUGCAGUUGCUGAUUUCGUUGCCGUUUUAUAUGGCCGAACCGUCCUCGGAGCUGGUGAAGGAGUGCGAGGUGUUCCUGGAGGUUGGAGCCGAUCGGCCGGACAUUAAGCAUGCGGCGGUGCUCAGUUACGCGACGAUGAUCUACAACACGUUCGUGGCGGGCAAGCUUACGGCGGAUACGUUCGAGAAGUACGUCAAGAUGUACUUCGAUCUGUUCCUGAAUAGCUUCGAGUACGAACAGCAGAUGCUGUACCUGCAGGGGCUGGGUAACUUGCAGCUCGAGAACGUCGCCGAGUACCUGGACCCGAUCAUCCGGGCGGACUACAAACAGAACACGGACAUUCGCUUCCUGGCGAUGUUGGCGAUGCUACCGACGGCACAUCUCCGCCCGAACCAGGUGUAUGAGACGUACUGGCCGAUCUUCCAUUCGCGCAAGAGUCCACUUCAACUGCGUGUAGCCGCUUUUACGAUGCUGCUGUUCUCGAAUCCAACACCGGGUCGGCUGCUGGGGUUGUACAGUGUCAUUAAAACGGAAAACGACCCACACAUGAUCAACUUCUACCGUACGACGGUGCUCAGUAUCUCGGCGACGACCUAUCCUUGCUAUCAGCAUCUAAAGUUGCUGCUGGCGUACAUGACCCGCCAGCUUCCAGACGCACCAGCACCGAAGUACUGGGUCACCGGAAACUACCUGUUCGAUUACCGUGACAGGAAGUUCCACAUCGGCUCGAUGUUGCAGACGAUGCUGAUUGGAAGUCAUCAGACAGAUCUCCCGAUGAUCGCUUCACUGAAGUUCGACACGGAAGCUCUCGGACGGUUCACCGGCCAGCUGGGGUUGUACAUUAAGGCUCGCGGGCUGAGCGAUGCAGUGAUCAACCGAUUGACAACGUUCAACUCGAGCCACCUGCGGUUGGACCGGUUGAACAGCAUCCUGAAGGCGAUGAAGUUGUCCACCAUCAGCCCAACACCGCUGCACUUCGAGUUUAUCGUGCAGUUCGAGGGUAAGGCCGUGCUGUGCUACCAUCUCAACCAGACCACCUUCCAUAACCUCACCGACGGAAACAUUAUUAACCGCAUCAACCUGCUGCGGGAUAGCCACGUGAACAUGCAGAUCGUCCGGCGACCGUUCAUGAUCAAGUACGCACUCCCAACGCUUCUCGGCACCCCAGCAGACAUCCUGAUCGAGAACACGGUGUUGGCGACAGUGCGCGGGAAUACGACCCAACAGGUGAUGCUGAUGGAUAAGGUGGCACGCAGCAAUCAGGUUGACGUGCGCUACUCAUCCUACGCGGUGGUGAAGAUUCGGAGCUACAACCCCAUCGAUGACGUCGAGUACUCGACGAUCCGUGAGCAGGGCUUUCUGGUGUACAUCCCAGUGAACAACGAGAUCGUGUGGGAUAUCGCGGGUAAAGCAAUCAGCUACAGUUUCUACCGGCCUGAGAACAUGACGAGCGGGAUCUCGAUCAAGAGUCGGACGCGUAACACGCCGGCCAACGACCCGGCGGUGGCCACGCUCGAGCCAAAGGACGAAGACAUCACGAAGUACGGUUACCGGUUGGAGGAUCUCGGCAUUCAGCUGCUGGCUCGGAUGCACCAGGACUACACCAAAGACAACGUGAUGUUCAUGCUCGAGACGGACAUACUGGACAACGCGAAGGUACUGACGAAGGCACCGUUCUCGCUGGUCAACAACCUGCUGCGGAUCGUGAGCCUGAUUCAGCUGAACACGAUCCACAUCGGGCGGGACAAGCACUUUACGUUGCUGAUCGCGAACGAUCAGAAGACGCUGCUGCAGGGUACGCUCAAGUGGGACACGCAGAACUACUCCAAGCAACCGGCCGUACCCGAGAACGAGGUGUUGCGCGUGAACCUGAUAUUGGCCCACACCAUUCCGAAGCCUGAGGGGAGCCGGGAUGAGGUGAAGGUGCUGCACAAGUGGGACAUCGUGUCGCAGUACACCAACUUCAAGUGUGACCGGGCUGCGCGGGUGUUCUUCUCGUUGACGCGUCAGGAAUGGAACAGCUCCAACUGGAAGAUGUGCUUUUCGGCGGACUACCGGCCUCUGGUGUUUCUGCAGCGCCCAUUCGAGCUCACCGGAGAGGUUGUGUUUGGUGAAACUAAGGUGCCGAAACAAUGCCCCAAGGAACCACGGAUCGCGUUCAACGUGUCGUACCACCUGCCGGACUACGUGGAGCGCAUUUAUCGGGCCCUUGACACCAAGGAUCGCAGCUGCCCGAAGGAGAUCCUGCGCCUGACACCGCCACCAUUUUCGGGCGAAUGUCGCCCGGAUCGGUUUAGUCCGCUAACGACGGUUUCGGGGCUUGAUGCGCAUUUCAAGUUCACCAAGCUCCCAUCGUGGAUCGAUAUGCUGCUGCAUCGAUUGGAUCACGCCGUGUCAGCGGUUGUGCCAGGACGUGUCAACACACUCAACAUGACCGACCACAUUGACGUGCAGGCACGCGUCCUGCAGUGGUCGAAUGAUACGGAAAUCCAGAUCAACGGAGGGACGAUCUGGUUCCCAUCUCGCUUCUACCACAACGUGAAGAUGCAACACUCGUACACGUCACGGAUCGAGUACGGAUUUCUCAGUGUGUGCAGCUUGGUGCAUAACAAACUGACCACCUUCAACGAUCGCAUCGUGCAGCUGACGGAUGCGAUUCGGGACGAAUACCGGGUUCGGGAUAGCUUCCUUUUGACGGCGGAUUGCUCUCUCACGCCCAAAAUGGCCAUCUUCGUGCUGGACGAGCAGAAGGGCGUACAGAUCUACACCGGGGGCAACUAUUUGAUCUACGAGCCGGGAUCAGGUGGUGCGGGUAAGAACGGUAACAACAGCACCCCGGCGACCAUGACCGUGAACAUUAACGACGAACAGCUGAUUGAUUUGCGCAACAUCGUGUAUCAGUACCCGCCGGAUGACGAGUUUUACGAUUUCCGGGUGUACAUCGAUCGGGAGGGCGUGUUGGUGGUGGAGAACCAGCUGAAUGGGGCCGUCGUGCAGUAUGGCCCUGAAGGGAUUGUCAAUCUGCUGCUGCCAACCGUGCACAAGGGCCAAAUGUGCGGCCUGUGCAGCGAGCGCGACUGAAGAAGAAGCUCCCCCGGGUGGAUUGGGACUUCCUGCUCUCUUCGAACCGGCGCCGCCCACGUGCGUCACCGGUACCAAGCAGCAUUAUGCGAUAUGUGCAUGUUAGGCAUCGUAAUUUUUUUUAUGUUAGAAUUUACAACCAAUAAAAAU